GUCCGUUAACCCACACACGACGCGACAAAUCGCGCUGUCCUUCCUCGCGUCGCAUGCGGUGUCGCGGAGGGGAAAUCCUCACCCCGCCUCCUGUAAUACGAUCAGCUGAAGAGCCGACAGAACCCACGCUUCUCUUCAUUCACUUCUCCUGCUCCAUUUUAAUCCGUCCCGUUGAACGCAAGAGACGCGAGCGCGAGGAUGCGGCGGAUUCCGUCAGGUCGCGGUUGUUCCGCGCUCUCCGCGCUCUGUGGAGUCGCCGUGUGUUUGUGCCUGUGGAUGCGCGUGGUCCGGGGUGGGAGCGUCUCGUGCUCGCCGCCCGCAGCGUCGGUACAGGAGCGCGUGCGCCGCUCGGGGGUCGUGUUUGAGGGCAGGCUUCAGGAGGAAGAGCGGCCGGGCAACGCGUCGCGUCAGGUGCGCGUCAGGGUGCAGCAGGUGUGGCGGCUGAAGGCGGGAGGGCUCCUCAAGAACUCGGUGGUGUCGCUCAUCUGGUUUGAAGGUGGCAGAUGUUUCCAGCUCAACACCGGGAUCCGUUACAUGUUCUUCAUGGAAGCCACUAAUGACACGUCCGUUUUCACGCCGGUCUUCCCUCCGCUGGAGACCAAGCGCGCCGUGAGGAAGGACGUGAGUCUAGAGCUCUGUCAGGAGUGCGCCGAACCCAAGUUAAAGGAGCUGCGGAGCGUGACGGUGCAGGAUGGGAAAAAGACCGUGUUUAAGUGUCAGAUCGUGGCGGGAAACCCACCGCCCAGCAUCAAGUGGUACAAGAACGGGCAAGAACUCGCAGGCAAAAACAGACCCAAAAGCAUUAGGAUUAAGGAAAGGAAACAGAAGAACAUAUCCGAGCUACUGAUCAGGAAGUCCACAGAGGGACACGCUGGUUUAUACACCUGUGAGGCAGUCAACAAAAUUGGAAAAACAAAUACUACAGCGAGCCUAACCAUCAGCAAAACGGCCACCAGCACCACUCCCUCGGCCAAGACCUCCAGUCACAUGACGCCCUGCAGCGAGAGCGAGAGGAAGUUCUGCGUGAACGGAGGGAAAUGCUUCACACUGGAGGUCACACCGGGGAACAUCCGACACCUCUGCAGGUGCCCCAAUGAGUUUACUGGUGAUCGCUGCCAAAGCUACGUAAUGGCCAGCUUCUACAAACAUCUUGGGAUUGAAUUUAUGGAAGCUGAGGAGCUCUAUCAGAAACGCGUUUUGACUAUAACAGGCAUCUGCAUCGCUCUUCUAGUUGUUGGCAUCAUGUGUGUGGUGGCUUACUGCAAAACAAAGAAACAGAGGAAAAAGCUGCAUGACCGUCUGCGGCAAAGUUUACGAGAGCGAAACGCUGCGGCCAAAGGCGCCCAGCCACCCCAGCCUCCACCCGAAAACCUGCAGCUGGUCAAUCAUUACAUGCCGCAAAAUCCUGUCCCUCACGUUCAUGUGACCGACAGAAAAGCGGAAAUAUCUCUGUCCACCACAGAGUUCCCAUCACCAACACAUGUGUCCAGCGCCGUCACUCGCUCCUCUAGCCUGAGCUGGAGUAAUGGGAAAGCAGACAGUGUCGCUUCUGAUGUUCAUGCAGUCCUGGUGAAGUCCUCGCAGGAGAACAGCCGGCAUGGGACGCCCGGUCCCAGAGGGCGUCUGAACGCCACCGGAGGCGUGCACCAGCUCAACGAUCACCUGAAGAGCUGCGGAGACGCCCCGGGCUCCUGCAGAGACUCCCCCUACAGCGAGAGGUACGUUUCGGCUAUAACUUCCCCGGCCCAUGUGUCCCCCGUGGGUCCCCUCUCUCCAGCGACACCCUCCGAGAUGUCGGCUCCUCUCUCCAGCCUGGCGACCCCUGUCCCGUCCAGUCCCUCGGGAGAGGAGGAGCGCCCCCUGCUGUUCCUGCGGGACAAACCCAGCGCACACCAGAGCCAGACAGGCCAGAACCUUCGCCACUCGGCCCAUUAUAACCACGGGCUGGAUCUGCCCAGUCCUGUGCACCCUGAGGAGCAGGAGAGCUCAUCACAGCGGUUCACAAGCACAGGUGCCCCAUCCUCCCCGUCCCACAGGACUCAGGCGGCGCCGGAGCCCGAACUCAGCGGCAGUCCCUCAGAGAGCAGCGGCUCCGAGAGCGAGGACGAGGACACGCCGUUUCUCGGCUCCCAGAACCCUUUGGUGUCCGGCGGGCUGGUUCUGGGUGGGCUGGAGGGCAGCAGAACUAAUCCUAACCCUGCGCUGCUCCUCUCGCCCAAACACGACCUGCAGAGCAGACUCACAGCCCGCAUGGCCAAACAAGACCUCAUCGCCGUGUGAGGCAUGCAAAGAACAAGAAGAUCACCACUAAACCUUUAUUUUCUAUAAUUAAGUAUUGCAAAAAGAAAAACUUUAACUUUUAUUUUAGUGAUGUUAGUGAAACAAAGACUUUUAUAAUGUGUGCAACGUGUUUGUGUCAUGGAAAAAAAGUGCCAUUCACAUGUAGCUGAGGUCACAGUAUUUCAAUGGCAGAAAAAAUAUAAUCAACGGUGCCUUUUAAUUUCAGUUGGGAAAAAGAAGAACUGCAUUAUGACACUGGGCCAUAUAUUCACGACUCGGGGGCAACAAAACACAUUCUCUGUGACUGACAGAAAAGAAGAAAAAAAAAAUCCACCAGCACUCCAUGUCUGAAUUCUUGCUAUCCGAUUAAAGUGUGUAAAAGUGCAUCAUGGUCUUCUCAGUCCUGAUCUUGGUCUCUCUCAUUUAACACGUGAUUCAGAUCCUCAGCUCCAUGAUUGAACUGUUUCAGACGAGAGAGACGUCCAGAGCGGGCUGGAAAACUUCAUUUAACCCGACUUGUUUUAUUUACAUUGAGACUUAUUUCUGCAUUUUGAUUUAAAAUAUCAAUGUGAGGCUGCUGCAAACUAAAAACAAGACAAUUCAAAAGCUAAAAAAUGAAGAAAAAAAUGCUAAAAAAAAAAAAAAAAUCAUGUGCGAUCGGCUAUUAAUCAAACAUAAUCAUUACGGUUGACUUGUAUAGCAUACUUUAGUUCUAUGAGACUUUAGAUUCAAUUACUGAUUCACGACUGGAUAUAUGGCUCACUUUGUCCAUCAUGCUCAUUGGCUUCUCUAACAAUGCAUUGUGGGAAAGUUAUAGCACCACUUUUACGAUACUGACACCGACAUUUUUAUUCCAAUAUUUUAUUUGAUUAGUUAUUGUCCAGAUCACUUUUUUUACAUUUGUCCAAUGCUAUCCUAUAGAACGUUAUAUUAUAUUCAAAGUGUUCCUUUACGUCGCAUCAUGUUUGUGUGUAUAUGUGUGAUCAUUUAAAGAACAAAUCACCUGUUGUACAGUAUUUUGUUAUGUUUGCGUCACCAGAUUAACACAGUAACUUAUGUAUUCACAAGGUUUUCCUGAAAAUAGCCACUAAUAGUCUACUCUAUCCAGCUUGCUGACCUGGUUACACAGACAACACUUUUAACCUAGAGCUCACUAUACAGCUUGUGUGAAGGCCUUUUCCCCUACGCUUUCGCUUCCAUCAAAUGUGGCCCAUUUUAUUGUAUUUAUUUUCUUUAUUUAUUUGUUAUUUAUUUAUUUAUUAUCUGGGCCUUAUGGAAUCUAGCAUCUAUAAGUCUAUAUUUUAAUAGCAUUGACAAUAGGAGAUACUUGCAAUCUUUGGGUUCAUCAAGUGUGUGUUUUUUUUUUUCUCCUCCUUUUUUUCUCCUAUAUUUGUGUUGUUUUGCCAUUUAGGCCUAGACUCUGUUAUUCAACAUACUGUCAUUCAAACUCAUUCAGAAAAAAAACAACAAAUGUUCACCAUGACAAAUAUCCAUGAAACUGAUUGUACAAUAAAAAUGAGCUGAACUGCUUCUGGGACACUUGAAAACAGCCUUUUUUUCUGUUGCUUCUAACGCAAGCCUUUAUUCCCACCGCUUCAAGUGGUUUGAUGUUGGAUGUGUUACAGAUGGCGGCUUUAAAGGUUCCAUCUUCAUCGUACAUAUUUUUGUUUUUAGAAAUGGCUGUUCAUUUACUUUUUGGAUGAAAUUAGACGUGUGAUCUCUAAACGACCAGUGUUCCAGCAUAGCAGAUUUUGGCUUGGUUGGUUGAUUGCCAAUGAAGAUAAAGGAAGAACAGAUGCUCUCCACUGAGACAAAUAAAGUGUUUCUGAAUGCUGCAUGAGAGCAGGAGGACAAACACAGGCAUGCCUGGCACAACACAUGCAAAACAAGCACGGUCAAACAUGACCACCAAGAUGUUCAGUUUCAUUUGCUCUUAUGUGAAACACUCUAUAAAAUGUCUGGCCGCUAUGUAUGAUA